UGUAACAUUCUCAUUUUUUUUCAUGAGUUGGAAAACGUGUUCAAAUUAGGAGAGAAUAAUAUUAAUUUCUAAUAAUUGAAUCUAAUGUAAUUCUACUAGUCAACAGAUUAUGAUAGGUUAAUCUGAACGAAGUUAGGUUAGGUUAUUGUCUUCAAAUCAAGAUUGAAAAAUAAUUCAUUCUAAUUAUCAAGCUAUAACUAUGGCUGUAUCUGCUUUUAUUCGUUCACACUUUCGACAUUUAAUUGGUGUAAGCAACAAUGCUGUUGCCUUAUUUCCAAAUUCCGCAUGGUAUUCGAAUCGUAUUAAAUCACAAUCUUAUGCAACAUCUAUCAGUGAAAUCAAAGAUACAAUUAAAACUAAAACAAAGAAAUCUGAGAAAAAAAUAAGCAAAGUUAUGAUGACAUAUUUACAACGUGCAAAAGAACAUGAUGAAAUCAUGAAGAAAGAGAUCUUAGAAUAUGAGAUAGGGAUAAGACAUCUGGCUAAUAUAAUGGGUGAAGAUCCGGAAUCUUUUACUCAAGCAGAUAUCAAUAGAUCAAUCCAAUAUCUAUUUCCAUCAGGACUAUUUGAUUCUAAAGCUCGACCAAUAAUGGAACAUCCAGAAAAGAUUUUUCCAAACAAGAAAGCAGCAGAAUUUGAUGAAACUGGGAAACCCUUCCAUUCUAUGUUUUAUACCUCAAAGCCAAAUUAUUAUGAGACACUAUAUAAUAUUGUCGAUAAGAUCAAGUCUCUGAAUGAUAUUGAAGAUUCAUUGAUAAAGCAAGGAAUAUUGCCUAUGGACAAAAUCGAUCUAGUAAGUUCCUCGUGGUUGUCAAAGAAUAAUAUUGAAAAACUAUUUCUUGAAAGUAUUAAUGAUUUUGAGUACAAUUAUCUUAUUACGUCAUUAGAACGACUAUGUGAUCAUCCACUAUCAAGACGUGCAUCAGAUUUCAUUUUAAAAUAUUGUAGGACACGUCAUACCCAUUUUAAAGAGAUAGUAAUAUUACCUUUGGAACAUGACAGCACAGGAAGACCAUAUGUCACAGUCAAAAAUUGUAUGAGGAAGUCUGCAAGAGGUGAAGUAACAAUUUGGGGUAAUGGCUCUGGUAAGAUUGUCAUUAAUGGACAUGACAUCUCAUACUUCGAAGAUUUUCAGCAUCGCCAACAGAUUCUGGGGAUAUGACCCACUAGACCUGAAAGGAUUAAAAAAAAUAUAUUCGUCUCGAAACAAAAGAAUCAUAUAUUUGGAGGAUGAAUACAGCACUGAAGAAGAAAUAUAUUUUUAAUAUCUUUUUAUGAUAUGUAUUGUGAAGAAUGUGAAGCAUGAACAACAUGCGAUGUCCUUCAUGGAAGACGACCUUUCCGUGCGCAUUUCUGGUAGCCGGUUUCAUCCGAUAUUUGUACUAUCUAAAUCUCAUUCGUUGGUAUAAUCGAUACGGUGGAAUUAGUCGGAUGCUGCACUCUCUCGCUCUCAGUGUUAACCGGUCUGGCGAAAGAACGAGGUGAUGCAAUUGGGACGAUUAUCAACGUCCUUUACUGCGCUUCAUUUUAUGUCGUAAAUG